AUGGUCGUGGUUAAGCUGCUGCGGCUCUUGCUUUCCAACACAGACAUGGCAGUUCACAACUGUCCGGGCACCAUGUACCUCAUGAUGCAUCAUACAUGGUGUAACAAGGAAAGCGACCGUUCUCCUGGUGGCCUGUGGUUAUGCGGUCACAAGAGCAAAUUCCAAACUGUGGAUGGAGGAGGAAUAACACUGAAGAGAAGGGAAUGUACCGAGUCCAGCAUCCCGGCGGAAGCCUGGCAUUCUAGGCCCGCCAAGUUAAAAAAAAAAAAAAAAAAAAGGAGAAGGGAGAGGCUCCAGCACCCAACUCGUGCCCGAGGGACUUGCCUGGGACUUUCUCUGCGCUCCUCCCCUACCCGCUGCCCGGGCAGUCCUCGCGGCGCUACCACCCCAGCGUCUUCCCGCGGAGAAGUUUCGCCCGCUGCAAACGUGAGAAAACGCAGCUCGGCAGGACACCGCCCCCACACGCCCCGCCCCACAGCCCGACCCCUGGCGGUGGCGACCUUGGUCACCCCGGAGCGCCAGUGCACUGGAGGAAGGGCUAGCUUUGGGGCUUUCCUGGGUGCUAGGGAGGUCGCCCAAAUCGGGCCACCUCCGGUCGCCGUCCACCGCCCGGACUGGCGCCACCAAGCCCACAUGCCCCGGCUCCCCUCAGCCCCCCGGGGCUGCCGCGCCCAGGCCCUGGCACAGGGAGCCUCUCCGCCGGACUCACCGCGCUGUGCGCAACAGCAAGGGUCGCAUCGGCUCCCAGGGUUCCGCGCCUCGGGGCUGAGGCUCCCCACUCGUCCUGCGGCGCACUUCUCCCCCCUAGCCUCAGCUGUCCUCCGCGGCCGACUCUCGACUCUUUUUUCCGGGUUAAUUACGUUUCGCAUUAAAGCAAAACCCAGCCCCGGAUCACUCAGAAGACUAGAUCUAGGCUGACGCCUAAGGCCCAGCUCUGAGGACACUGCAAUGGGAUACCCAGCAACAUGCACCUUCAUCCUUGAUCUUGUCAUCAUCCUGGUUUCCAGAGAUAACACAGCGCUGUAGGCACCCUAAUGACAUCAGAGCCCAGGUCAGAAAAGGGCCUCUGGGUUGUCAAACUGCAUGGCUCCCGACUCUAACUGAAGCAGGGAAAGUACUGAGUGAAGAUGGAGGACAAAAGGGAUGGGUGAGACCUGAUGACUGCAGCCCACUCACCUCGUGGUCCAUAAAUGGAUCUGCUGACAGUAGCGCAGGAGAGAGAAAGGCUGCCUCGUGUCCCCGACUGUAUGUGCUCCAGACAACGUCCUACACUCCUGGGGCGGACUUCGGACAGGAGUCUGGCUGGACGGUGCGGGUAGCGCCAUUGCUGUCAUCUCAAGGGUUUACGUGGUUUUCCUGGUGGGAAAGGGGCCCUCCGGGUGGCAGAAUCAGCCCCAAGGUGAUGAAAGCAGAUCUCUCGAUUGGCUCGUGCCAUUUAUUUUAUAGCCUUUAAAUGUUAUGGUGUGUGCUAUUGUGUACCUUAAUUUAGGACGAUGAUGAUGUACCUGCAAUUCGUUACCUUAAUAACAUACUUUAUUAGUGUUCGUAGAAAAGAUAUAAACAAGAAUUGUGUGUUAAGGAAAAUGAUUAAAUGAAAAACAGUGCGCCAAGUUGAGACAUCCCAUGUAUGAGACUGACUGAGGGUGACUAAAAUGAAGAAAGGCCACCACACCACAUGCUGGUGAGAGCGCAUGCUACUGGAAAUACAGAUGCCCCACAGACACCUCUAGGGAACAACUGGGCACACACUGAGCACAAUAGCAGUUGCCUGUCAUUCCAGCAUUCGGGAAACUGAGGCAGGAAGAUUGCAAAUUUGAGGCCAACCCAAGCUUCACGUCUAGAGUCUGACUAAAAAAAAAACAAAAACAAAAGAAACAUAAUGGAGUUAGUUGUGCCAGCCCUUCCAAAAGAAAAAGAAAAAGAAAAAGGGUUCUAUGGCACUAAUAUAUUCCAACCUUGGUUCCUGCUUGCAUUCUAAUCUUAUUAUAUUUGUUUCUAAUACAGACAAAGUCCACCUCAAAACUGAGAUGUUAAAAUGGAAGGGCUGCUGGGGAGAUGGCUUAGUGGUUGAGCACACAGACUGUUCUUGCAGAGAGUUGGAUCUGGUUCCCAGAACCCCUGUGAGGGCUGGCAACUACCUGUAACUCCAGCUUCAGGGGAUUUGAUACUCUAUUCUGGCCUCUUUGAGCACUGCAUACAUGUGGUAUGUGCGUGUAUGCAGGCAGACAAAAUAAUCAUACACAUAACAAAGGAAGAAAGAUAGAAAGGAAGAUAGAAAGAAAGGAAGGAAGGAAAGAAGAAAGGAAGGAAGAAAGAAAAUGUCUUUUUAAAAAUUUAAAAGAAAAAGAAAAAAGAAAAUGAAGCCUGGCAGCAAUGUAGAUAUCCUAGAAAUAUUUUUCAGUCUCUCAGUCAGACUAUCAGACUACUGAACCAACAAACCCCAAGGAAAUGGGAAUUUCUCCAGGAAUAUUAUACCCCAAGAAGGAAAAGUACCAGCCAAGGGGGGAACCUGUCUCCCAGAAAGAGACCUAAAGAUCUAACAACUUGCCAGGCCACCUUCCAGAAUGAGACUGAGGCCCAGACAAGGAUGAGUCAAGAGUGGGCGGAGCCGCGCCUUGACCCUUCCUUUAAACUGUAAUCUCAGUUCAGGACCAGAAGACUUCCUAGGGAUGAGGGAUCUGCUGCGUCUCUUUGGCCCUCUUCGUAAUAUAGCCACAUUGAAUAAACUUUUUUCUUUUUUUCUACUAUUAACAAAAUAAACAAACAGACAUGUAGACCAGGUGUGGCGAUACUCCUAGUACUUGGUGGGGUGGAAAUUGGAAAGAUUGUGCCCCUGAAGGUAGUGUGAGCUAUCUUUAAAAAAUAAAAAUAAAUAAACAAGUAACUAUGACAGUCAUACUAUGGGCAUUAUCAUAGAGAAUUUAAGGGUUAAGGUUACACGUGAAUUUGCAGCAGCUUUGUUCUUAAUAACCCCCAAAUAGAAACUACAGAGGGUGGGGUACACGCAUGCCACAGAAUAUUACAGCUGAACUAUUUUCUUCAAGGAGCGAGUUAUCAGUAUACAUAAGGAUGUGACGAACAUUCAGCUAAUGAUGCCGAGGAGGAGGGAAACAUUAGAAACUCCUGUGUUCUGGGAUUCCGUUGACACAUUUUGCAAUGGCGAAGGCAAGUAGUAGUUACCGCAGGUCUUGUAAGCUGGGGCUGUGGGAUGGGGAGAUUCCCGCUGAUGAUUUGUGCCGCGUUCUGCGUCUCUGCUGCAACCGUACCGUCAUGCUCGUGGGUGAACAGGCGGGAGCCGAGAGGCAAGAUGCCCUUGGAGGCCAGGGCCAUCAGCCUUUUCAAGCUGCCUCUUGUGGAUACUGAGAGUGGACCUCGGGUUCUCUGCAAGAGCCGCAAGUGCUCCUAACCACUGAACCAUCUCUGCGUGUGUGCCCACCCCUGUGCCCCACCCUCACCCCAAAGACACUUUCCCGGAAAGUCACUGCGUCACGACGCGCGCGCGGCAGAGUUGGCGCCAUCGCUUCUGUGGCUAUUACAGAGCUGCUGUGGCUCUCCCUGUACUCAGAAAUGACAAGGAAGUGUGGAAAAGAACUAGCGACUGCACCGUGCUGGGAGCUCCGAACCGAGCAGUGGCUCCUGGGAUUUACCGGUCUUGAAGUGCUCCCACGGUGGGGCGGGGGGGCCGGUUUUUAUUCUUGCUUUCUCCAGCCUCAGUUACCGCCACGACUCUGCAACUGCCAAGCAGCUCAGAGCAGGCAAGCUUCACGAUGAGGAGGACUAGGAAGGUCCCCAGAUCGCAGGUGCGCCGGUGCCUGCUGCCAAAGGCUGUCCAGGCCAGAGCUAGGAGAGUCCGGUGUUGUUAAGCAGUUGCUGGAAAGAGGCUGGAUUAAAACGUUACAACAUCUCCCCCCCCAAACGCCAGCGCGCCGUGCGGGCCUUCACGCUUCUUCCGUUGGCACCACUGUUUGAAAGGGAGAAAUUCAGCAUCCUCAGGGGGUGAACCCUAGAGAUUGUGAAAAGUCAAGUGUAUCCAUUAGCUUCGGAGCUUGGGCCAAUUUGACAGCAUCGUUCGUUUCCCUAACAUGAGCAAGCAGUUCUUUGACAGUCACGAAUGUGAAAUUAUUCCCUUCCCAGCAGCUCACUACAUUUUCAUCCCACUUGCCCGAAAUAGCUUAUCCAAAUGUCAGGUAUUUUUAUGUUUGAACGCUAUUAUUGAUUGCCGUAUCAUAUUUUCUGAAAUUGAAAAAAAAAUUAAAAAUAAAGCAUAUGUAAGUUGGCUUUACUAAGAAUUUUAAAAAUA